ACAGGUGGUCCAAACGAGAGAGUACUCCUGCUUCUGCAAGGUUUGUACCACAGGCGAAACAACAGCUGAAUGCGCGGUGAAUGGUUGGUCAGGUGAUAUAAGCCUAAAGUUGACAAAUCAGGAGAAUACAAGACCAGUGAAAAAAGCCAAGACAAAACGUGAUCGAAAUGCGAGAACCCAGUCUAGAGAGCCUAGAGACGAUGCACAGCAAGGUGUGAAGGAAAAGCCGAGAUCCGUGUUGAGAGAGAACGAUGAAAACAAGUGCGUGAAAUGUGAUUUUGAAUACAAUGAUAUGAGGGACCCAAAGAAACGAGAACAAUGGAUUAUGUGUACCAGCUGCAAGAGAUGGGCCCACGAGUCAUGUGCGAGAUACGGAAACAUCGACCAAAUGCACUUUACGUGCCACAAAUGUGUAAAUAAAGAGAAGUGAAUUUUGGAACCAGGCCAAGGAAGCUGGACAGAGAUGGGUUCUGACUUACUGAGAGAAUGUGGAACCAUGGCACCGACAAAUGAACAUUUAUGAUGAACAUUAUUGAACCUUUAUGACUUUCAUAGUCUAAUUUUAGCAUUCAAGUGUACAAACGUUGUCACAUUUCACUGUUCUUGUUAUCAGUUACACGCUCCUUAUUUAAGUUUGGAAGGCUUUUUUCCAAUUUGUCAGAAUUUGAUAAACUUUUGUGAGG